UUUUUCAAGUCUUGUCGGAGGAGGAGCUCUCUCUAUAUUUUCUCCUUCCUUUUCCCCCGCCCUCGAUUUUCAUCCUUAGUCUUCCUUUCCGAACAACCUGAAACAAGAUGGCCAAUGCUGCAUCGGGAAUGGCUGUGCGCGAUGACUGCAAGCUGAAGUUUUUGGAGCUUAAGGCAAAAAGAACCCACCGAUUCAUUGUUUUCAAAAUUGAGGAGAAGCAGAAGCAAGUCAUUGUUGAGAAGCUUGGUGAGCCAACCGAGAGCUAUGAGGAUUUUACCAAAUGUCUUCCUGCUGAUGAGUGCCGAUAUGCCGUGUAUGAUUUUGAUUUUCUAACGGCUGAGAACGUCCCAAAGAGCAGAAUCUUUUUCAUUGCAUGGUCUCCCGAUACAUCGAGGAUCAGGAACAAGAUGAUUUAUGCUAGCUCCAAAGACAGAUUCAAGAGAGAACUGGAUGGGAUUCAGGUGGAAUUGCAAGCAACAGAUCCAACUGAGAUGGGUCUUGAUGUUCUUAAAAGCCGUGCUAACUAAAUACUUGAAUGUUUAUAGGUUGUUGAACGGGAACUUGGAUGAUUAGGAUGCUAAAUUUCCAAGUUUUUCCGUGGACUUUUAUUAAUCGUGAUGAUAAACCCGUACUUUUGGGUAUAUGUGAUCUGUUAUCUAUAGAACCUACGUGUUGAGAGUGUCUCUGUGUAGUCUUAUCUCUU